GCGACCUCGGGACGGGGAGUUCGGAUGAAACAUUAACUCCCAGCUUCGCUGCCUGCCCUGCGGAGACACAGAGCAGCGGGGAGCCAGCCGGGGGCCGGGGGCCGCAGCCGCGCAGGCGAUGCCCCCGCCGGAGUAGCCGGGACCCCCGCGGCCUCGCCGAUUGCACGCCGGGAUGGGAGCCUGGGGCCCCCACUAGGCCGGGAGGCGAUGCAGACUGGAUAUGGGGAGAUCUGGGCUCUGUGCUUUGCUGUUGUUACUGCUGGGACUCGCUGCACUAACUCGCCCCUCCCCGCUGCACCCCAUCUGCGACACCCGAGUCAUGGAGAAAUUCAUCAAGGAGGCCAGAGACACUGAGAACGCCGUGGAAGGUUGUACAAAUUCUUGCAACUUAUCAGAAGUUCUCACGGUGCCCGACACGAAGGUUAAUUUUAACGAGUGGAAGAAAAUGGAUAGGCAGACGCAGGCGGCGGAGGUGUGGGGGGGGCAGGCCCUGCUCUCGGCCGCGGUGCUCCGGGCCCGGACCCUGGUCCCCGACCCCUCCCUGAACCAGCAGCUCGGGCGCACGUACAGCAACCUGCGCAGCAUCACCCAGAUCCUGCGCAGCCACGACGCCCAGGUGGAGCCGGCCCCGCCCCCUGCCCCGCCCCCCACCCUCCGCAUCCAGACGCUGGCCAAACUCCUCAGCGUCCACUCCAACUUCCUGCGGGGGCGGGUCACACUGUUCCUGACGGACGCCUGCAGGCCCGACACCAGGUGAGGGGCUCCCACCCAGCCCCGACCGCCACAGCACUCCGCCCCCUCCCCCCUCGGAACCUUCCUGGUGGCAGAUGAUUGACAGCCGCCAAUCAUCCACCCACCGGACAGCAGACAUGGAGCCUUGGGAAAACCUCGCUUGGUGAUUGACAGCUGUCAAUCAUCCCGGAGUCAUGGAAGAAACCCGGCUCCUCUUGGCGGGGGGGUGUGUUAAACAUUGAUGGGUGACUGGCAGCUGUCAAUCACCCCCAGCCACACUGCCUAGACUCUUGCCAGCACGUCACAGGAGAAAUACGAAGAUGAUUGACAGCUGCCAAUCAUCCCGCGUUUGGCUUUUGGAAUUCCGCAUGAAUAAAGUGGUGGAGGAGGAGAACAUUGCUACAGGGCAGCGGAUGAAAGAUUGACAGCUGUCAAUCAGCCCAGACUGCAGGGAGACAGACGAGCCGUCCCGGAAGAGGAGCGAGAUCCAGCGGAUUGAUGCCUGUCACAGACCUCGCUCUCGCCCCAUGAUUGACAGCUGUCCAUCACCCCCGUCACGGCUCAACGCACCAACCGGACGCCCCGAUAACCAGCGGGAAGCUAGAUUAGUCGAACUGACAGCUGUCAGUCUCUGAAGAUUAGCAUCCGGGGGUGGGGUAGGCAGGUGAGGGGUCCCUGGGUAACCGGCCGCCCCGCCCCAGAGGUGGCAGCAU